AUGGAAGGCUCAAGUACGGCAAUACGAGAUCAAACAUCAUCAGCGACUGUAACUACGGAACAGGCACCUAUAGAGCCUGUUGUUUUGGCAGGUUCGCCGAAUGGGGUUCUACGCUUACGUGGUGCCCACGCGGGACGACGGCGAGUGACCUGGACAGAGGAAGUUGUUGACAACGAAGGGUUGGGUCGCAAAAAGACUAAAAUAUGUUGCAUCUACAACAAACCACGGGAAUUCGGAGAAUCAUCCAGCGAAGAAUCAGACUCAUCAAGUUCAUCCGAAGAAGAUGACAACCACCAACCAGCAAUUGGGAGCAACUCAUCAGGAAGCGGCCACCCCUCAACAGAACGGCCCAAAGGCCAUUCAUGUCAAAAUCAUAAAAGCAGGGGGCAGCGGCGGAAGAAUGCCUACGAAAAGGAUCCGAAUCGACAGAAGCCGAGCUCUUGA